AUGUCGGCCCCCGGCGUUGGCUUUGAACAUCCUCCUCAGGAGGUCUCCUGGCUUAAGCGCGAUGCUUUGUUGUUUGCCAACAGCAUCGGUGCUAAAGCCGACGAGCUUCAUUUUCUAUAUGAGCUCCAUCCUAACUUCGCUGUGUUCCCGACUUAUUCUUUGAUCCUCCCUUUUAAACACACUGAUCAAGAAACCAUCGAUUUCUAUGCACGUUCGCAUGCAACUCCCAUCCCCGGUGUCCCGAAAUUCGACUCUCGCCGUGCUGUAGAUGGCCAGCGCAAGAUCACUAUUCUGAAACCUUUACCUCCCACGAGCGCAGGCAAGAAAUUUCAGUUGCGUAAUAAGGUUAUUGGGGUCUACGAUAAAGGCAAAGCUGGCUCGGUGGUCGAGACAGAGCAGUCGAUUGUGGACGAGAGUGGAGAGGUGUACACCAAGACGGUGAGCAGCGCUUUCAUGGUAGGACAGGGCAAUUGGGGUGGGCCUAAGGGACCGAGUGCCGUCAAUUAUCCCCCUCCUCAAGGCAAGAAACCAGAUGCAGUUCAUGUCGUCCAGACGACAGCUGAAACUCCUCUUCUCUAUCGUCUCAAUGGCGACUAUAACCCUCUUCAUGCUACGCCUGAGCCUGGUCAGAAGAUGGGAUUUGGUGGAGUCAUUAUCCACGGUCUCUUCAGCUGGAACACUGCCGCUCACGGCAUUCUGAGAGAGCUUGGAGGCAGUGAUCCAAAGAACUUGAGAGAAUUCCAGGCACGCUUUGCUUCGCCAGUGCUCCCAGGCGACAAGCUUACCACCGAGAUCUGGAGAACAGGAAACACUGAAGAUGGGUUCGAGGAAGUCAGAUUCGUGACCACAAAUAACAGAGGCAAGGUUGUGCUGAGCAACGGCCGUUGUCUGCUGAAGGUCACUGGGUCGAAGAGCAAGCUGUGA